UAAAGGGACCCGCGCGUCCGGGCCCAGGGUCCCCACACAGCAGGUUCUCCCCAUGACAGCACCUGGACGUCUCUACCUCCCCCUCCUUCUGGGGCUACUGCUAGCCCUGCUGCCAGGGGCCCAGGGGCUCCCAGGUGCUGGUUUCCCGUCCUCAGCUGCCCGGACUGCCCAUCAGCACGUCCAGAAGCGCUUCAGCCACAGCACUCUCAAACCUGCUGCUCACCUCGUUGGAGAUCCCAACACACAUGAUUCGCUACGCUGGAGGGCCAACACCGAUCGGGCCUUUCUCCGCCAUGGCUUCUCCCUGAGCAACAACUCCCUCUUGGUCCCUGUCAGUGGACUCUACUUCGUCUACUCCCAGGUGGUCUUCUCCGGGGAGGGCUGCUCCACCAAGACCGUCCCCAAUCCCCUCUACCUGGCCCAUGAGGUCCACCUCUUCUCCUCCCAGUACUCCUUCCACGUGCCUCUCCUCAGCGCCCAGAAGUCCGUGUGCCCAGGGCCACAGGGCCCGUGGGUGCGCUCCGUGUACCAGGGCGCCGUGUUCCUGCUCACUAAGGGAGACCAGCUGUCCACCCACACUGACGGCAUCUCCCACUUACUCCUCAGCCCCAGCACUGUCUUCUUUGGAGCUUUUGCUCUGUAGACCUUAGAAAGAUCCAGAAAGGAAGGGGAAAAUUUUUUGUUUCAAGGCCUUCUCCUAUGUUGCCUCCAUCCUGUGUCAAGGAUCAUCGCACCUCUCCACCCCGCCCUUUGACGGUUCCAACAGUCUCAAGUCUUCUGCACUCAAGUCAUCUGGUGCUGUCAAAGAAGGAAUUCCAGGCACCCCAGGGGACCACACCCCCCUGAACCACCCCAAUGUUCUGCCUAGAAAUUCCCAGCACAGAGCAGCUCUUCCAUUCCCACCGGUCUAGUGGGGCCAGGACCUGGAUAUGGGGCAGCUUGAGUGAAAGACUAGAAGUGGGAAGGGGGACUAUUUAUAAAGGGGGAAAUUUAAGUUAUUUAUUUAUGGAGCAUGAAGAGAGAGCAUUGAGCAGGCUGAAGGGAUGAAAGAGAGUGAGAAGGCAUUGGCACAAGGUUCACCUAGAGGGAGAGAGAAUAGGUCUGAGGAACUGAGGGGCCUUAGAAGGAAGCGAAAGGCCCUCUAAGCCACCACUGCUUGACCAGACACCCCAGAGGGCGACAUCUGCACCCUCGGUGAAGCCCAAUAAACCUAUUUUCUCUGAAA